GUAUGAACCCAGACACCUCAUGCUUGGAGAUAUUACAAUUCCCACAGUAUAUAUUGAGCAGCACAUGAAUUAAUAAAUCUCAUACAUAGGGCAAACGUGGCGCAGGUGGAAAGCAUUUCUGGGUAUACCGUAUGGAGAGCGCUCCUCCGACACCCGUGGCGAAGCAGCUGAGGCGAGACGAAGCUACAGGCCCGAGGUCUCAGUGGCAAGACCUUCCGGGCGAGCUUCUGCAGCUCAUCCAAGCCCGCUGUCGGGAUAGCGCCACCAGCCAGGCUCUGCGCCUGGUGUGCCGCAGCUGGCGUACUGUGCCGCUGUCACACCUGCACCCCCACCUGGUGGUGCCGCUGCGCUGCAGCACCCACACACCCAAUCCUGCCGCCACGGCACCCGCAGCCAAACGCGGUUCCGGCAAGGCGGCGGCACGUGGACGCAAGCGGGGUGGCGGCGCCGUCGCCGCCACCGGGGCUGGGGCAGGCGCCGGGCCCUCUCACAGCACCAGCCCCGCUGCUGCCCAGCCUGCUCUCGCAGCAGCGGCGGCGCCUGUGCUGGCGCAUUUAGACUGGCUGUACCGGGCGCUUGGUCGUAGCCUGCAGACAGAUGGACAGUUGGUGCUCACCCUGACAGACAUGUGGGAAGGCGGAGACGGCGGGGGCGGGGACCGGGGCGGAGGGGCCGACCGCAAAGGAAGCAGCGGCAAGGGGCGCGGAGCAGUAGCAGCGGCAGCGGCCGAGGCCAGUCAGAAGCCGCUGUCUCAGGUGCUCCGGCGGCUGGCGGCGAGCGGGCAGCAGCACCUGCGCAUUCAGCACGGCGCGUCCAGCCCCACCGCCGGAAUCGUGUCGGCGCCACCGCCGGGACCGGCAGCCUCCUCAGAUUGCUGUCCUAGCAGGAUUGGUGGCGGGGGCCGCAGCGAUUCCCUUCCUACCGAAUGUUCAGGAGGGGACGCUCUAAGAGCCGCCGGCUAUGAACCCGGACAAAACGCGUUCCCCGCCUUUGCUGCGGGAGCUGCCAGCAACUCAUUCGCUGCCGCUGCGUCCGGCGCGCAUGCGGGCUGCGACCAGCCUGGCUGCAGCCACUGCUGCUGCUGCGCCGCCGCGCCUGCCCCCUCGCUGCGGCGCCUGCGUUGCCCCGGCCUGGGGGCGCUGUCGGCGCUGCGGGGCCUGCGGUCGCUCGAGCUGUGCGGUGUGGCGUUUGGGGCGCCGCUGCUGUCGCGGCUCAGCGGCCUCACACAGCUCACGCGGCUGUGCAGCGACUGCCCGUUGCCUGUGGACCAGCUGGCGGCCGCCGUGACCGCCCUCACCGCCCUGGCCGCGCUGCACGUCGCGGUCACCUGGCCCGCACGCCAGCCGCCGGCACAGCCGCAGGCGCAGCCGCAGGGGGUGCGCUGGCACGUGCUGCCACCGCAGGUGCAGCAGCCGCCCCCGCCCCCGUCCGCGUCCACGAUGGCACGUGAAAGGCGCAGUCGGCAGCAGCGGCGGCGGCCAGGUGGCAGCCAGGGUACGGCUGCAGUCGGCGCGACGCCACCGGGUGGAGGUGCCGGUGGAGCCGUGGGCGCCGGCGGCGGCGGCGCCGGCAUGGCGGCAGAUGCGGGUGCGGAAUGUGAUGAUGACGUGGACAGCGAAGAUGAUGACGGGCUGGGGGUCGGUCCGGAGGAUCGCGACAGACAUCUGGAGCUGGAGCGAUGGCGCGGCAGGCGCCAGCCUGGCGCAGCCCGCAGCAGUGGCGGUGGAAUUGGCAGCAGCAAUAGCAGCAGCAGUGGCAGUAGCUCGGGUUCUGAACCCGAUGGCGAUGUUGUCAGCGCUUUGCUUCGCGCAGCUGCAAUGCACCGCGCGUGGGCGCCGCCGGCCGCCGGCCGUUCGCCUUCCUAUGCACUGGCGGAUGAGCACAUGGCGGUUUUCAUGGCGGCGCUGGCGGCGCUGCAGCGGUUGGAAGAUCUGCGGUUGGCGGUUAGCUGCGACGGCAUGGGUCGUACGCUGCUGCCGCCGCCGGGGCUGCUGGCGGCGGCUCGGCGCAGCUGCCCGCGGCUUCGGCGCUUCGUGAUGCGCGUGCUGUCGGAGUGGCAGGCUCACGGCGCACACAAGACGCUGUACAACUGGGUGGCCGUCGACACCGCCGACCACUCACUCGCCGCCAUCCGCCACGACUCGGCGCACAACCACCAGGGCGUGUUCAUUUGGCAGGGGCUGGACUGGAGCAGCGCGGCGCAGCAGCAGCCACAGCAGCCACAGCAGCCGCUGGAGCAGCAACAGGGGCAGCAGCCGGGCACGAGCGCAGGCCUGCUGGGGGCUGUGACAAGUCCCACAAGUCCCACAAGCGCUAGCAUGUCCACUGCGCGCCUCGGCAGCACCUCCGCGCCGCCGAGCGCUAGCAAGCACGGCACGCCGGCAGGCGGCGGCGGCAGUGGCGGCGGCCGGGCCGGUGCCAGCUCGGCACCGCGCCCGUUUAUCUCUCAAAGCGACAUGGGCCUUGCCGGCGCCGCCGCCGCCGCCUGGGAGCCAAUGCCGUUGGUGGUUGCAGGGCCGGCGGACGUGAGCGUGAGCCUGCGCACCAGCGGCAGCAGUUGGCUGGGGGCGUGUCUGGCGGCGCCGGCGGCGCUGGAGGCGGCGGUGCGGUCGCUGCCGGGGUCGCACGUGCGCGGCCUGGCGCUGCAGGACGCGGCGGUGCGCGGCCAGGAGCCGGCGGUGGGCGCCGUGGGUGAGCUGCCGGAUGUGGUGCUGGAGGCGCUGGCGGGUCUGCAGCGGCUUGCAGUGCGGGGCGUGGAGCGGCGGCCGUUAAGGCGCCGGCGCGCCAGCCGCGGCCGGCCGGAGUCAGUAGCAGGAGCGGCGGUAGCAGGAGCGGCAGUAGCAGCAGAGGCGGGAGGCUCGGCGGCGUCGCCCGCUGUAGCAGCAGCAGCUGCCGUACCAGUGGGCCGUGCCGCGGGCGCCACCCUGGCGACGGCGGCUGGUCGUGCUAGAGCCGCCGGCACUGGGCCUGGUGGCAGUAGUAGUGGUAGCGGCAGUAGCAGCAGCUACAGCUGUGACUAUCUGGCCCAGCUGCUACAGCUGCCCUCGCUCACCUCGCUGUCGUUGGAGGCCAGCUGCCCACAGUGGCUGGAUGUGAUACUGCCACUGCCAUGGUUGCAGCCGCCACCAGCAGCAGCCCAGGCCGCGGGAGAAGGCACACAGCCACAGCCGCCGGGGCAGGCACAGUCGCAGCUACAGCCGCAACUUGAGCACUUGAGCCUGCGGCUGCGCGGCUUCCACCCAUACGAGCUGUACGGGCAGCCAGUGGACUCGCGCAGUGAGGAGGAAGAGGAUGAAGACGCGGAGGAUGAGGGCCUGGAGCACAUGUACUGCGUGGGCCGCAAUGAUAAGCAGGAGGAGGAGGCGGACGAGGAGCAAGAGGAGGAGGAGGGAGCGGCGGGUCAGCAGGGAAGGGGCGGGGCGGCCGGCGGGCUUGCUCUGGGCGGCGGCGGCGUGUGGCCUCGGUGUGCCGCCGCGGCGCUACCGCGGCUGCAGCUGCUGUCGGGGCUGCGGACGCUGCAGCUCGACGUGCCAGUCCUGCUGGACUUGAGCUGGCUGCCUGGCUCCCUGGAGGCCCUGCAGCUGGCCCUCGCCACACUGCAGCUGCCGGCAGCAGCGGCAGUCGCAGCGGGAAAGACGCGGGAGCCGACGGAGGGCGAGGAGCCGUCGCAGGCCGGAGCAUCGGGCGGCCAAAGUCUUGAUCGUGCCCAGCAUCAGCUGCAGCGGCCGCCGCUGCUGCCGCGGCUGCGCCACCUGACGGCGCUGUCCUGCCACCUGCCGCCGCUGGCCGCGCUACUGCCGGCCGCCGGCUGUAGCUGCCUACAGGAGCUGGCGCUCAGCCACUGCAGCACACUCGCGCCGCUGGGCUGCGCCGCUGACACGCCCGCCUGGAGGCCGCCGCGCUACCGCGGCCGCGCCGGCGCCUUGGCCCCGCCAACGCUGCAGUACCGCACAGAGGACAACGGGCCAGGUCGCGGCGCUCUUGGCACCGCGGCCCGGGGGGCCGCCUCACGCCUGAGAACCCGCCGAGCACCACCAGCAGCAGCUGCAGCCGCGCCAGGCUCGGGUCCCGCCGGCGCCACGCGCAGUCGCGCCCGCAACCAGGGCUCAGCCAGUACGGCAGCAGCCGGCGCCGCCAGCGCGGCCUCCGUCACGCCGGCUGCGGCUGCGGAGCUGUUGGAAGCUGACCUGGCGGCGCUUGCGGACGUGGCGGGCAGCUCGCUGGCCGUGCUGUGCGUGUCGUGCCCGGCGGCGCCGCACGACGUGCUGUCUCACGCGGGUGGCCACGACGGCGCCGCGGCCGCAGAGAUGCUGGUGAGCGGGCUGCGCCGCCUGCCGCGGCUGCAGUCUUUUUGCUGGGGCGUGGGCGUGGGCGCAGCGGGAGGUGAAGGCGGAGGCGGCGGUGCCGGGCGGCUCAGAGGGGAGGAGGAGGCGCAGGAGCUGUUGCUACUUGCGCUGGCGAAGGAGGCGGCUGGCGACGCAGCUUCGUCUUCUCACAGCGAGGCCGUGCAGGGCCAGCGCCAGGGCCAGGACCACUUCCCGCGCCUGCGGAUGCUGGUGCUGCACGGUGGUGUGACCAGUGCCGCCGGCCUGGAGGCGCUGGUGCGGCUCGGCGCCGGCUGCAGCACCCGCAGCCCGGCUACUGCGCCUAGCCAUCCGGGUGCCGUGGCCGGCAGUAGCGGCGGCAGUAGCGGCGGCGGCAGUGGCGGCGGCAGCGGCGGCGCUGCCGCGGGCACGACGGGGGGAGGUGGAGUGGCUGGCGGGGCGCGGGUGCACUUGGGCGGCAUGGGUGAUGGCGCAGGCAUGGGUGGCGCCGGCACGGACAGUGGUGGCUGCAGCGGUGGUGGCAGCGGUAGCGGUGGGGUUGGGGGCGGCGGCUGGGUGCGUCGGGUGGUGCAGGUGGUGGGCCGGGGCAGGGCGCUGGAUGAGGAGGAGGAGGAGGAGGUUGCGGCGUGCCAGCUGGGUGCGGAGGCGUGGAUGCGGCGGCUGCAGGCGCGGCUGCCGCUGUGCCUGAUCAAGCCCGUGCGGGGUCGAGACCUGGAGUAGCAGUGCACGGGGAAGGCGUGGCCUAAACUGCCGUCUGCAGAGCCAGACGAGGUGGCGGCUUUGGAUGCCCUGACGUGAAUGCAAGUGACGAAGCCUACAUGUUGUGAAAUUGCUUACCGUACUGGCCUUUCAUGGGAGUGCGGGGCAUGCCGCACGUGCGCCUGUUUGCGUCUAUGGCACGAGCACAUGGCCAAGGCGCUCCCAACUCCCCAU